AUGGAGACGCCUCUUCCUGGAGCGGCUGCUACAACCCCUUUGAAUCCGAAUCAAGCUAGGAGCUCUAUCACAUCUAUACUUUUAAUUAGCAUAGUUCUCUUUCUCCUCAGCGGCGAUGAUCCGUCAGUUCAAGCACAACAAGAGGAUACACUCCGGUCUCUUGAAUAUCAACAAAGUAAUUAUACCGCUUGGCUGAACGGGACUGCAUCCAACUUUACACUGGAAGAUACGACCAACAUUACGUCCCCCAUCGUCGAUGCCCUUUUACCUGCCCGAUUGCCCAUAGACGACUUGAAGCAAUCCUAUUUUACCAAUACAACCGGUUUUGUGAACGGAAUGGCCACCUUUUUCAAUCUAUCCGAUCCAUCCUUCAAUCAUACGUGGAAUUGGAACAAAACUGUUGGGCCACUAAUUUCAGGGCUGAACCAGACCAGGCUCAAUGCUAGCCUCGGUGACUUUCAUUGGGCUGGAAUCGACAAGAUAGCUGGGAAUGUUCGUGAAUUACGGAUUAAUCAAAGCACUCCGUACUCAUUUUUGGCGGGUCAUAUAGACUUUGUCAACUCAAAAGAUGAUGUUCUCGUAAAUUAUCAACUUGAGGGCAUUCACUUUUUCGAAGAUGGGUCGAUCUAUGGCUUGAUGGAGCCAGAGGGUAUGUUGCAGCUUAUUCCACUUGUUCCGGCAUCACUACAGAAUAUGACCGCAUACGCAAUCAAGGACGAGAUUGAUCGCCAAAUUCAUGUUUUGCAGGACAAAAUCAAGAAUUCAGGCGGCGGUCAAGCUGAAGACAAGAACUCGGUCACUACAUGCUCUUUCCAACUCUACAGCCAAAUCAAAGCAGCAGAUUUCCCUGUGUACCUUAUGCAAGAACUCGAGAGCGAAAUGGAAGACCCAACAGGAGCUAGAACUGUGUCUCGCCCUCCUCUGAAGCUCGAUGGCCUUAUCCUAAGCCCAGACUGCGCCGUUGCUUUGACUUUCAAGGAUGCGGUUGGCAUGCAGGCAUCCAUAUUCUGGGAGAAGGCCACCCUGUACUCAUUCAUUGCGUCGAUAUGCUACUUCGUCAUCCUCAAAUUAAUUGUCCGACAAAUGGAAACUUCUCGUACGCCGUCGUCAAUCGCCAAGAUAUCAAGAUGGACAUUCGCGCUUCAGGCGAUCGCGGACGCUUACUCGUUCGUCGGACAUGUUACGGUCGGCAUUGUAUCCGAAAGUAGAUCUUCACUCUCGAUUAUCGCGCCGGGAUUUCUGGCCGCCACACUGUUCUUAGUAUUCGAAGUGCGCUUUUCGAUGCUCAUUCAUCAAAUCCAAGGGCCGGAAGAUGCUGUGAUGAGGGCACCGAUAACACCCACUCCAAAUGCUGUGCCAACGACAAACGAGGCUGAGACUCCACUCCUUGCGGACCAGCCAGAGGCUACACCAACCCUGCCUCAGGCUAGCACUCCACCGGGAUGGAUGGUUCGGGUUCGCCGUAUUGCAGAUGGGGCGAGGUCAUUUGUGGAUAGCAUGACUGAUCCAGACUCAAAGUUUUGGAUUAUGAUAUUAUUUGCAUUUUUAUUCCUGGUUCAAAUCACGGUGUCGCCUCGCUUGGUUCUAUACGCGAUCGGCGCGCUCUACUCGUUCUGGGUACCUCAGAUUAUGAGGAACGUGAAGAGAGGCACUCGCAAGGCGUUGCAAAAACGCUAUGUAAUUGGCACCACGCUCUGUCGCCUCUUCUUCCCUCUUUAUAUUUUUUUAUGCCCGGGCAAUGUCCUUUUUGCCGAACGUCAGCCUUGGAUAUGGCUUGUGGCCGGGUGGGCCCUGUUGCAAUGUGCCAUACUGGUAGGACAAGAAUACCUGGGACCCAGUUUCUUUCUUCCCAAAGGGCUCGUGGAGAUCGAGUUGUAUGAUUGGCAUCCCCCUAUCGCACGCCCUGACGCCGAAGCCCCCAACCGGUCUCUGGGAGAUUGUGCAAUAUGCAUGGAUGAUAUCCUUCUUGACAGUGCCGAUGUGAGCGGGGGCGCAAAAGAAGGAGCGUCGCUGUUGGCAGGCGUGGGCAUGGGUCCGAAAUGCGUAUACGCAAUUGCACCGUGUCACCAUAUGUUUCAUACGAAAUGCCUGGAGCAGUGGCUUGCGAUCAAGAAUAUUUGCCCCCAAUGUCGAAGAUCGUUGCCUCCCUUGUAG